AUGGGUCCUUGCAUAAGAAUCGCGCGCGACAGAAUCCACAAAAGAAGCAAGACUGGUGGGCGUCGUGAACGCAAUCGUAAAAAGAGGAAGUUUGAAUUGGGUAGACCUGCCGCAAUGACCAAACUGGGUCCUCGCCGCAUCCACACUGUACGCGUUCGUGGUGGAAAUAUCAAACUCCGAGCCAUGCGUUUGGACCAGGGCAACUUUAGCUGGCCCACUCAGGCCAUUUCGCGCAAAUCGCGAAUCAUCGAUGUUGUCUACAACGCUUCGAACAAUGAGUUGGUUCGUACAAAGACUCUGGUUAAGAAUGCCAUUGUGCAAGUCGAUUCCGCCCCUUUCCGUCAGUGGUACGAGGCUCAUUACUUGAAGGAGCUUGGUCGUCAUCAUGCCAAAGGGAAGAAGGUCGAAACCACCGAGAACCCUGAGGAUGAUGUUCUCCUCAAAAAACGCAGUGCCUCUGUCAUGAAAAAGUAUGAAGCUCGCCAGAAGCUGCCCCAAGCUACUCUUUCUGAAAACCUCAAGGAGCAAUUCAUGUCUGGCCGCCUCCUGGCCUGCAUUUCCUCCCGUCCCGGUCAAGUCGGUCGUUGCGACGGAUACAUCCUUGAAGGUAAAGAGUUGGAGUUCUACUCUAGGAAGUUGAAGGCUAAAAAAGCUAAGUAA